GCCAGACCCAAAGCCGGCUCCGCAGCCUCCCCAUUGACCAGCGCGCGUCGGAGCCUGCGAGCCGCCCUUCGACGCCUGAAAUCCCCGGCCCCUCCGCGCCUUUGAAACUCUGACUUCGAGCGUCGGGGUGGAACAGAACCGAUGUGUUCAGCUCUGUAAGUACCCUCAAGUGGCUUCAGUUUCUGGCCUCAGUAAAAGAUAUCAAAAGAAAUGCAAGGAUGCCUGUCUUAGAGAAAUCCACACAGAAGGAAAAAGAUGCAUGCAGCAUGGAUGAGACAACACUGCCCAAGCUUCCAGUCCCUCCGUUGCAACAGACCUUGCACAUGUACUUACAAAGCAUGAAACACUUAGUGCCAGAUGAGCAAUUUAGGAAGACAGAGGCCAUAGUAGAAAAAUUUGGAGUUGCAGGAGGCGAAGGAGAAUUCUUGCAGCAAAAACUUCUAGAGAGAAGGGAGAAGACUGGAAACUGGGUGUUUAACUACUGGUUGGAUGACAUGUACCUUAACAACCGGUUGGCUCUUCCAGUCAAUUCCAGCCCUGCAAUUAUCUUUGCUCAUCAGCAUUUCAAGGAUACAAAUGACCAGCUGAGGUUUGCUGCUAAUCUCAUUUCAGGAGUGCUGGAUUAUAAAGCUUUAUUGGAUGUCAAUUCUAUUCCUGUUGAUUUUGCUCGUGGACAGCUCUCUGGUCAUCCUCUCUGUAUGAAGCAAUACUAUGGACUCUUUUCUUCCUAUCGUCUUCCAGGCCAUACCAAAGAUACUCUUGUCGCCCAGAAAAGCAGCAUAAUGCCAGAACCAGAGCACAUCAUUGUUGCUUGUAACAAUCAGUUCUUUGUUUUGGAUGUUGUCAUUAAUUUCCGCCGUCUGAGCGAAGGGGAUCUAUUCACUCAGUUAAGAAAGAUUGUCAGAAUGGCAGAGAACGAAGAAGAGAGGCUGCCUCCGAUUGGUCUACUGACAUCUGAUGGAAGAACCGAGUGGGCAGAGGCCAGGACAAUCCUCAUGAAAGACUCUACUAACCGUGACUCCCUGGAUAUGAUUGAACGAUGUAUUUGCUUGGUGUGUCUGGAUGGCCCAAGUGGAGUGGAACUGAGCGAUACAAAUAUGGCUUCGCAACUCCUACAUGGGGGAGGCUAUGAUAAAAAUGGUGCCAAUCGCUGGUAUGACAAAUCCAUGCAGUUUGUUGUGGGAAGAGAUGGAGUCUGUGGCAUAGUGUGUGAACAUUCCCCUUUCGAUGGGAUCGUCCUGGUACAGUGCAGUGAACAUUUGCUCAAGCACAUGAAGGAAAGUUCUAAGAAAUUAGUCAGAGCUGAUUCUGUGAGUGAGCUUCCUACUCCAAGAAGACUGAGAUGGAAAUGUUCUCCAGAAAUUCAGGGACAUUUAGCAUCAUCAGCAGAAAAACUUCAAAGGAUAGUAAACAAUCUAGAUUUUGUUGUGUAUAAAUUUGAAAACUAUGGAAAAGAGUUUAUCAAGAAACAAAAGACUAGCCCAGAUGCCUACAUUCAAAUAGCACUUCAGCUGGCAUUUUACAGAUGCCAUAGCAGACUUGUUCCUACCUAUGAAAGUGCUUCUAUACGCCGAUUUGAGGAGGGAAGAGUUGACAAUAUCAGGUCUGCAACCCCAGAAGCUUUAGCUUUCGUGAAAUCAAUGACUGAUGACAAGUCAUCUCUAUCGGAAUCUGAGAAGAUGAAACGAUUUAAAGAUGCAAUCAUGGCUCAGACUAAUUAUACUAUUUUGGCCAUUACUGGGAUGGCGAUAGACAAUCACUUGCUAGGGCUCAGAGAGACAGCACGGGAGCACUUCAAAGAACUGCCAGAGAUAUUUACAGAUGAAACAUAUUUGACAAGCAGUCGAUUUAUCCUCUCAACCAGCCAGGUUCCAACCACCAUGGAAAUGUUCUGCUGUUAUGGGCCUGUGGUCCCCAAUGGUUAUGGGGCAUGUUAUAAUCCACAGCCAGAACAUAUAUUAUUCUGCAUCUCAAGCUUUAAAGAAUGUAAAGAGACCUCCUCAGCCAUGUUUGCUAAAGCUAUAGAAGAAAGCCUCAUGGAAAUGAGAGAUUUGUGCAACAAAUGCAACUCUACUAUGACAAAAUCGCUGGCUAAACAAGAAACACCUACAAAAUCUCAGUUGUGAUCCAGUCUCUCAGUUAACUGAACCACAUAUCACCAUGUUAUCUGAAACCGUGUUGCAGUGGAAUAUUUUGUGGCUUUCAGAAAGUGGUUAGUUUUUGUUAUAUUUAAAAUUUGUUGUUUUAGACCUGUAGAAUAAAAUGUUGUUCGACAGCUUUAAAACACUUAAUCUCAGCAUAUGCACCUAUAGAAAAUUAACAAAAUUAUUACCUAUUAUUCAAACACAAAGCUGUGAAUAGAUCACUCAUACUAAGAAUUCUGAGAAUGUUGUUUGGCAGGAUGAAUUUAAUACAAUUAUAUUGUUAUAGCAAGUGGGAGUGAUUUACUACAAACAUGUUGGUGACAUUUGAAAUACAUCUUUUACCUGCAAAAUUAUUUAAGGUGGUAAAGUUUCAUGCAAUGUACAUAUAUACAAACUUAUAUAUAGACUUAGCAAAAUUAUUUUAAAAAUAAUUUUGACUGAUAUCCAUACUUAUUUUUAAGCGUUUUCCAGUUUUUAUUUAUUUAAAUGUUCACAGUUGCAUAAAAUUACGGGUUUGAACAUUUUUUGUUUUUAUCUAUUGAAAUUUUCAGAGUUGCAGGAAAAUGUGAGGACAGAAAAUUAUUUAAUGAUGGUAGAUACUGAGAUUCAAAAUGUUAAAGCUUUAUAAUGUUUAAAACACAAACUGUCAACAUCACAUAUCAGCAUAUACGAAGUAAACUGUCUGUAUACCAAAUUCAGCAAUACUUUUUUUUCCUUUGCCUCUUUGUACAUUUUAAUUCUGAUCAUUAAUGGAAAUAUGUUUUCAUCAGUUUGUGUGUGUAAAAUGAAAUAUUGAUAUUUACUGAUAAAAAAUCAAAUCCUUCCAAGCCUACACACUCUCUCAUCCACCCAAUCAACCAAUGCUGGGCUGUGCCCAAAGAAGUUUAUGGAUUGAUCUCUCACUUACAAAGAGGAUUCUCAUGGAUAUGAACAUUCACAAAGUACAAACAAAAGUGGGAGAAAUCUUAACAGUGAUGCAUAUUAAGGGAUAAAAUACUGCUGGCAUUACCCCUGUAAGUAGUCUCAAUGA